GGGCUCGUCGUCGUGCUCGGGCGCCUUCGACCUCUACUUUGUGCUGGACAAGUCUGGAAGCGUCAAACACCACUGGGUAGAAAUUUAUUCCUUUGUGGAAAGUUUGGCGGAAAAGUUCCUGAGCCCAAUGUUACGGAUGUCUUUCAUUGUUUUUUCUUCGCGAGGGGUCACGGUGAUGAAGUUGACAGAAGACAGGGACGCCAUCCGACGGGGCCUCGCCAUUCUCCGGCGAGAAAUGCCCGGAGGAGAUACGUUCAUGCAUGAAGGCUUGAAAAGGGCAAAUGAACAGAUUUACCAAGAAAAUCACGGAGGGCUCCGAACAGCCAGCGUAAUCAUCGCCCUGACUGAUGGGGAGCUGCAGGAGGCUCAGUUUUAUUACGCUGAGAAAGAAGCUGACAGAGCCAGGGCCCUCGGGGCAAUUGUCUACUGUGUCGGUGUGAAGGACUUCAAUGAAACCCAGCUCUCAACCAUUGCUGACAGCAUUGAUCACGUUUUCCCUGUGACGGGUGGGUUCUACGCCCUCAGAGGAACCAUUGAUUCUAUUCUGAAGAAAUCUUGUAUCGAGAUUUUGGCAGCUGAGCCGUCAAGCAUCUGUGCAGGAGAAUCCUACCAGGUGGUGGUGAAAGGCAACGGCUUCUAUCAUGCCAGGAAUCCGGAACAGGUGCUCUGCAGCUUCAAGGUCAACAGCACAGUGACCCUCAAUGAAAAGCCGACCGUUGUUCAAGACACGUAUCUCCUGUGCCCUGCUCCCGUGAUUGAAGGUGUUGGACAGGUGGUUUACCUGCAAGUCAGCAUGAACAGCGGCCUGACAUUUGUCAGCAGUUCUGUCAGCAUCACCAGCAAACGAUGUUUCAGUGGGACAGUCCUUUUCAUCGCCCUCCUAAUUCUCUUCCUGCUUCUGGCUGUGGCGUUUCUCUGGUGGUUCUGGCCUCUGUGCUGUACCGUGGUCAUCAAAGAGCCCCCACCUCCACCACCCCCGGAACCGGAGUCGGAUGAUGAAGAUGGGUUGCCAAAGAAAAAAUGGCCAACUGUGGAUGCAUCUUAUUAUGGAGGGAGAGGCGUCGGGGGCAUCAAGAGAAUGGAGGUAAGAUGGGGGGACAGAGGAUCCACAGAGGAAGGGGCCAAACUGGAGAAGCCCAAAAACGCCGUCAUCAAGUUGCCGGAACAAGAAUUUGAGCCAUGGGAGCCCAAGCCAAGGAGACCGCAUGUGCCGAAGCUGCCCUCCCAGAGAAGAUGGUACACCCCCAUUAAGGGCAAGCUGGAUGCCUUGUGGGCCCUUGUUCGGCGGGGUUACGAUCACGUCUCUCUCAUGAGGCCCCAGCCUGGGGAUACGGGACGAUGCAUGAAUUUUACUCGGGUGAAGUCAGACGGGACCAUCGUUUCCUACAGUCCCUCCCAGAAGCCAUCAAAGCCCCGCUCCAUCUACAAGGCUGCCCCAAACUCAUCCUCUCUGGGACCAACAGAACCUCCUCCCAGCAGGCAGCUCCCUCCGGGGCCACCCCCUUCAAGGCUCCCGCCAGGGCCUCCUCCGUCCCGCCCUGCACCACAGCUUCCGGCCCCGAGCUUGUGAAGUCCAGAGCUUUGCAGAUGGGGGCCUAUUUAUUUUCAUCCUGAUGCACCAUCAGGAUUUGUUGCUGGUCAGCAAAAAACACACCCAACUGCCAGGUGCCAGUUUGUAUAACAAUAUAUUUAUACGAUUAAAAGUGCCCUGACCAUCUGAGAGCUGCUGGAUCUGACCAAAGAAAAGAAAUGCAUGGACAGUAGUGACCAUCUUUGUAGUUACAGGACGCACGAAGCGAGUCACACACAUGACCUCGCUGCAGAUAAAAAUGGCUCCCUGCAAAUGAGCUGAGGAACUGGACGCAGGAUUUCCUGCAGCAUCCAUGAUGGCAACGUUGCCGAUGGCUCAGCUACCGUGCAGGCCAUGCUGCGUAGAUUCUUUGCCACAACAAGUCAACAAACAGAAGCAGCGGGGGCUGGGGAAGAAGCCGCGCAGCCGCAGGAUUCAAAAGACAAGACAAAAGCCAAUUUGGCACCAAUUUGGCUGCCUUAGAAACCUGGAGCAAACUGUGGACCGUUUCAGAGGAAGGCUGAGAAAGUAACAGCCGUGCUGAAUUGAGAGGAAUGGUCUCCUUCAGCCCCCACGUCAACAUGCCAGGAACUGGCUCAUGGCACAGGCCCCCAACUUGCAGCUCUCGUUGUUCAGUGGGUCUGUUGCUGUAAUUCAAGAUCCUCUCCCCACUUUACUAGACCAUGCCCCCCCACCCACACACAUAGACACACAAGGUCUAUGGCACAUUGCAUGACCAUGGAAAUGGAUUUUCCUGCAUUGUUGUUGGCCUGUGUAUGGCUCCAGAAGGCUUUGUGUAUCUGCAGUGCUGCCUUGGGAUCUUGUGCAUCCCGAAGGAACCCUGCAGCUCCUAAGGAGGCCAGGGGGAUGGGCAGUGCUGCUGUCUAGUUUGUAACAUACUUUGGGUUUGGGAUCUUCUCGAUCUUCCCUGGCAUUGCCAAGGGGAUGGGUCAGAGCCCAGCGCCACAGUGGCAUAGGUGUGUCAUUUUCAGAAUACUCUGGUGGGAAGUGCCGUCAACCUAUGGCGACUUUGUCGGGUUUUUCAAGGCAAGAGAUGUUCAAAGAUGGUUUCCAUUUCCUGCCUCUAUACCCAUGGUGGCGAACCUUUUGCACUCCAGAUGUUAUGGACUACAAUUCCCAUCAGCCCCUUCCA